AUUUUCGAAAAUGAAAUUCAUGAGAAAAAAAUUAUUCUACUGUAUUGAAAUCAGUGUAUAGCUAUUUAAGAGACUCAAAAAAUGAUUAUUUUAGUGACCUUUUAUAAUUUGAUAGUGCCUGAGUGUGUUAAACAUAUUUUGUAGUGUUAAUAAUUUGGAAAAAGCAUACUAUUUAAUAUUUUAAUUUAAAGCCAACAAAGAAAUUACUAAGAAGAAAAAAAAGAAGUAUAAAAGUUUAUUGGGUGUAUAUGUGGCACAAAAGCAAGAAAGUAGAAAACCAGCUUGUAAUUGUAUAUUCUCUCGUUAAAAUCUAACGUCAACUUCAUCGAAAAUGAGUUCCCAUCAAACAAAUCAAGCUAAUCCGGCUGUAUCGGGCAGCUACCAGUACCAAUGGGGCGAUCAAGUCCUCGAGAUUCCAUCAAAUAUUAAUUACCAAUUGGAAAAUGUUAUAGCGUCUGGUGGUGUGCAAUACAUUCUCUCCGAUGGAUCAAUUCUCGUACAGAAGGAUAACAAAAAGGAUAGCAAUAAGAAUUAUCGAAGGAUGAUUGUUGUAAAUCAACAAGACUUAGCACAAGCUACAAUUCAAGUGCCUACCCAACAACGGAUUGUUACGCAACAGACGUCAAAUGGAAAUGUCGAAACGAAGAACGUUAUGGCGACAACAAGCGCAGUGUCACAUCGAACACAAGCUAUUACACCGAUUGGACCUUUAACAUUGACCACAGAAGAAUAUAAUGAGUUAUUACAACGACGUGCUGAGAAGCAAGCUGAAGCAGCAGCAGCUGCUGAAGCACAACAAAGAGCACAAUUAGAAGCUCAGCAAAGAGCUCAACAACAAGAAGCUCUAAGAAGAGCUCAACAAUCGCAAAUCCAUAAUCAACAAUUGCAAGAUCAUCAAAAUAUCGCUGUUCAAGUGCAAAAGAUUGUGCAAUCACUUGAAGAAGAAGGCGAUGGAAAGAAAGACGAGGAUGAUAUCGAAAUGCAAUUAAUUGCACCGAAACUUGAAGUAACCGAAGCCAUUCAAACGCAAACUGAGACAACGCCAGUAGAGCAAACACAAUCAAAACAUGGAACUGAAGGGAAGUCUGCUGCUGGAAGGCCAUUCUCUUGUGAGCAAUGCGGUAAAAAGUUUUUACUGAAACAUCAUUUAACGACACAUGCAAGAGUUCAUACAGGAGAACGUCCGCAUGUCUGUAUUCAUUGUGGAAAGGAUUUCGCUCAUAAACAUUGUCUCAAUACGCAUUUGUUGCUUCAUUCAACUGAGAGGCCUUAUCAGUGCACCGAAUGCAAGAAAUGUUUCACACUAAAGCAUCAUUUGCUUACACAUUCACGUGUUCAUUCGCGGGAUCGCCCGUUUGUAUGUCAGGAUUGUGGUAAAACAUUUUCAUUAAAACGUCAUCUUGUGACUCACAUGAAGUUUCAUGCUGGUGAGCGGCCUUACGUAUGUGACACUUGUGGUGAAAGUUUUGCUCAAGAGCAACAUUUGGUGAUGCAUUCAAGAUUCCAUGGAAGUUUAGAUCCGUUUGUGUGUCAAGAUUGUGGUGCCUCAUUCCCGAGAAAGUUUCAAUUGGUGAAUCAUGGUAAAUUACACGGACGCGUGCCGCAUGAAUGCACAGUAUGUGGUCAAGAAUUUCUUCAGAAACGAACGCUUGUUGCUCAUAUGCGUCAACAUACAGAUGCACCUCACGCUUGCUUAAAUUGUGGCGAAGGCUUCAGAUCAAAAUCAGAAUUGACAGCACAUCAAAGAAUAGUUCAUAACAUUCAACCAACAGUUCGUGUUAAGAAUGCAUCAUCAACCGCCACCAGUAGCAACAAUCAGAACAUUCAAGACAAUCAAGUCGAACAACAUUCGCAAGAAAUUGACGAACAGAGCUUUUUAAAACAAGAACAUCAACAAUAUGAAACAAUUCAAACGAUUCAAGAUCAAUCGCAACAUACACAAAGUUAUCAAACAAUCACAAUGGUUCCUUCUGGCAGUCCCACAAUGGAACAUAAAACGAUCCGAAUACAGCAGCAUUCACAACAGAACAUUCAGAGUCAACAUGUUUGUCAACAAUGUGGAAGUUGCUUCAAUAAUCGUGAAGCAUUACAAUUGCAUUUAAGAUUACACACAGGUGAUAAAAGCUUGAUGACUGACCUUUGUGCGUUAACGGCAGCUAUUCCUGGGCAUAUUUUCCAAAGUCAAGGAAAUACUUACAUUGAAAUCGAUGGUGGAAAAUAUAUGAUUGCAGAUAAUAUCACAAAUGGUGCAACACUUGUAGCAAAUAGUGGAGUAGGCGGAAGUUCACCAGUUCCAGUUCAAAUUAUAACAUCAGCUAACGGACAACAAGUUAUCGAGCAAGUUCAGAGCAUAUCACCAUCGAUGCUUCAACAGCAGCAGCAACAACAACAUCAAUCACAGGGUGAUGUUCACAUGUCACAACAAACACCAAUUGUCUACACAACAGUAGCAAGUCAGGAGCAAGAUUCACCAGUUGGCUCAAUUCAGAUUGUUCAACAGAAUCAAAGUCAACCACAAGCUCAACAAUCUCAAGUCAUUGUUCAUCAUCAUCAACCACAUCAGCCGAAACCGAAAACUCACUUUUGUCAACAUUGUCAAAAAGGAUUUGCUGCUAAGCAUGGAUUGCAGCUUCAUAACAAACGUCAUCCUCAGGGUGAAUGCACAAUUAGAUCGCAUGUUUGUGGUGAGUGCGGUCGAGGAUUCUUCCAAAAGAAUCAUUUAAUGUUGCAUCAACGGCAACAUAUGGAACAUCAACGCGGUCAACAGACAACAACAAUCGAGCAACAGCAAGGAAUUAAAGUUGAAGUUGAUGUUUCGAGUCAAGAGAAUGUUGUUGACGAUAGUCAAAACAUUCAUGAUGACACAAAUGAAAAUCCUUCGAAUGAAUUACGCCAACAAAAUGUCAUAAUCACCAAUACAAGCGUGAGCGAGGAAAAACCUCAACCACAAGACGGGUCGGAAGAACUCGACACUUCUAAUGCCGACACUUCCGCUGAACAAGUUGAAUAAUAAACUUUCAGCUAUACGAAUAAUAAAUCAUUAUUUUAAUUACUUUUACUUUUCAUUUCUUUAAAAUGAGUCGGAAAUUUCAUAAGAAAAAAGAAAAAAAAUUAUAAAUACCAUUUAAGUUCGUCUCUUAAAAUAAGAACGUAAAAAGAGAAGAAAAAUUAAUUAGAAUUCAAGAAAUAUCUAGCAAGAUAACACGAUUAUGAAUAGGAAUAAAAAGAAAACUUAACAAUAAAGUGCCUAACACAUUUUCACUAUUUUUAAGAAAGAAUGAGGAUCGAAUAAGGACGGGAAAGACAAUAUGAGAAUGAAAAUAAAUAUAAAAAUAAAGUUGAUAAAUGUUAUCUUUGUGUAGAGAUUACAAAAUAUAUUUUUAUACGUGAAAGAACUAUGAAGGUAAAAAAAUAAAAUAUUAAGUAAAUAUUUUACUAUAAAAUUUGUUGAUGGAAGCUUCUUAGUUAUCUACAUUAAGAAUUUCAAAUACCCAAUAAAAUGAAAAUUUAAUAAAGUAGAU